CACCUUAUAAAGCUUACUUCGGCCUCACACCUGCUCGUCAAACUCGGGGACAAUGGCAAGCGCGCCCGCCGAGGUGCCGUCCCACUUCCUCUGCCCCAUCUCGCUGCAGAUCAUGCGCGACCCCGUCACGCUGCCCACCGGCAUCUCCUACGACCGUGUCGCCAUCUUGCGGUGGCUCGCCGCUCCCGCUUCCGCCAGCAGCGGCCGCACCUGCCCCGUCACGCGCCAGCCGCUCGCGCCGGAGCCCCAGCUCACGCCCAACCACACCCUCCGCCGCCUCAUCCACGCCUGGCUCGCGUCCCUCUCCCCCGGGGCGGAGGUCGACGAGGACGUGACCGCACUGCGGGGUCCCGUUUCCGGCGAAGAGAUGGCCGCGCUCCUGUCCGACGCCGCGGCGGCGCAGGUCGGCGCGCUCAAGAGGCUGCAGGAGCUAGUGGCCGAAUGCGAGGACAACAGGGCAGUGCUGGAGUCCCAGGACGGGGUGUUCGAAGUGCUGUCUCGCGUCGUGAGCAGUGGCGAUGCGUGCUCGACGGCGCGUGAGGAGGCGGUUGGGGUCCUUGCCUCGCUCCGGAUCCUGGAGCCGGAGCUGGUUGGCAUCGUGGCCAGGCACGCCAACUUGGGGGAGGCACUCACGGCAGUACUCCGCUCGUCGAACUUGAAGUCGCGGGAGAACGCCGCUCUGCUUGUGAGGUCCGUCACCGACGCGGCCUGGCCGGCCUGGGUGAUCGGGCUGAGCCAGGACCUCCUCGCCGAGGUGGUCCGCGUGGUCCGCACCCGCAUCUCGACGCGGGCGACCAAGGCGGCGCUCCACGCGCUCGCCGCGUUCUGCCCGUACGGCCGGACCCGCGCCAAGAUCGUCGGCGCCGGCGCGGUGCCGGCGCUCGUGGACCUCCUGCUCGACGAGCCCGAGAGGCGCGUGUGCGAGCUCGCGCUCGCUGCGCUGGACCGGCUGUGCACGUGCGCCGAGGGCCGCUCCGAGCUGGUCGCGCACGCGGCGGGACUGGCCGUGGUGGGCAAGAAGGUGCUGCGGGUGUCGGAGGCCGCGAGCGAGCGGGCGGUGCGCGUGCUGCGGUCCGUGGCGCGGCACGCGGCGACGCCAGCUGUGCUGCAGGAGAUGGCGCAGGCCGGCGUCGUGGCGAAGCUGUGCCUGGCGCUGCGGUCUGAGCAGUGCAGUGUGAGGACCAAGGAGAAGGUGCAUGAGGUGCUCAAGCUGCACUCCAGAGUAUGGAGGAGCUCGCCCUGCUUGUCUCUAAAGUUUUUGGCGCUCUACCCUUCAUGAUGAGUUAGUUCAUCAGGGACUCUCUUGUUGAUUCAUUAUUUUAUUAGCUCGAUCCGUAUGGUAUCAGAUUGUGCCUGCGGAAGAGGAAUGCAUCUUAGAUAAGAUUUUUGGCUAUUAGCUUAGGAUGAUCCGAUGAUGUAAUCCUGAUCAUUUGUUCAAUUCAACGGACUGCAAUUCGUGCAAAGAUCUUGCCAUGAAAAAUCUGUUUGUAAAGAAGAGUUGGCAUCCAAAUCCUCUUACAAAUCAAG